AUGCUAAAAUUGGAGAUAAAAAUCACGAUUUGGCAGAUUCACCAGUUUCUCCAGGAGUCCGAAAGGUUACAAGAUCAACUACGUGACCUCUUACCAAACACCUUGUGGACACAAACACAGUGUAAAUUACGCAAUUAUUACAAUUGGAAUUUUACGAAGGUGAAAAACAACAAUAUUCGAAAGUUUAACAAUCUACUCAGUCAAUCGAUUGACAAUAAUACGUCAGUUGGUGGUACGAAGAUCUUUAACUUCACGGAUGUCAUUCUUUCUGACCCUGUCCGUAGAAUAUUAACUUUGGAUGGUAAUUUUGGGCUAGUUCCACCACCGAAUAAGUCACCGAUUGUAAAUGUCAUCAAAGACUUCGAAGGUUGUUUAUGUAAGGUUAAAAUAGAUGAUUUCAAUAAUGAUGAACUGAAUGAGUUUAGAAAUAAUUUAAGAGCGAGAGGUGUUAACAUAAUCACUAAUUAUUUAAAGAAUCAGCAUAGAAGAAGAUCAACAAGAGUCAAGGAUCCUAAUAUUAAUAGUAAAGACGUUAAAUUGACUAGAGAUUUUUUAAGAGAGAACGACGACUUAAUAGUGACAAGGUCUGAUAAAGGGAAUGCUACUGUAGUGAUGCGGAAACAAGAAUAUUUGGAUGAAAUGAAUACUAUGGUCACAGAUGAGAGCACUUACAUCAAGACAAGAGUGGAUCCCACUUCAAGAUUACAAACGUCGGCGAAUGCGUUAAUUAAAAAACUUGAAGAUAAAAACUUUAUUGAUGAGAUUAAAGGUAAACAAAUGAGAUCUUACAACGCUUUACCACCCAGGUUAUACGGGUUAAGGAAAACGCAUAAAGUUGGAUGUAAAUUGAGACCAGUAGUAAGUAACAUUGGUUCUCCGGUCUAUGAGAUAUCUAGAUUUGUACAUAAGGUCUUAUCCCCGUAUGUACUGAGUCUCAAGUUCAAUAUGAAGGAUUCAUAUCAGUUUGUUGAUAGGAUCAAAUCGAUUGUCGUAGAUAAUGAUUACCAGCUAAUUUCCCUUGAUGUUGUGUCAUUGUUCACUAAUGUCAAGAGAAGUUUAAUUAUCAAGAUUAUUGACGACCGAUGGGAAGAUAUGAAGGAGUUUGUGGAUUUGGAUCGUGAUCUAUUUAUUGAUCUGGUGAACUUUUGUUUUGAUUCCGGAUAUUUUUUGUUUCAAAAAGAAUUUUACCUACAAAAAGAAGGAUGUGGGAUGGGCAGCCCGGCAAGUCCGUCAAUAGCCAUCACUGCAGUGGAUUUUUGUAAUAUCGAAAGCAUUGGAGAAUUUGGACUUUGA